AUGGAAGAUAUAGAUGCAAAUCAAAUGGAGCGUCAAAUCAGUGCAAUUAAGGUGGUUCGUGAUGUUGAGAUUGAGCGAUUGUUGAUGGAACUUCGUUUGGUUCGGUCGUGUUUCAGUGAGGAACAGCUUCGGAAGCCAAUGCUGCAGGUCUUCGAAGAAACCUUACCGAAUCCCUCAAUUGUGAAAGAUGAAGGGAAUGAAAAAUUUGAUGUGAAGUGGAAAGAGAGAGGGAGCAGAAUGUCCACGACUUGUGGGAGAACAGGAUUUCUUGGUGAUGAAAAUCUUCAUUUUAAGGACUUUGUUUUUAAGGAGCCAUGUGAAGCUCAGACUCUCACAAGUCAAGAAGGUCUUCAGACUCCCAAUGUGAGUAGUCAGCGCUUGUCUGUUGGGAUGACACCCAAAACCCUUAGGCUGCCGAAACCUAGCGAGAUGCUUCUCUCUGUCCAUGGAUCACCUUUUGGUGUUUACAAGGAAAAUAACAUGGAAGCUAUAUAUGAGUCAGAAGAAGGUUAAAUGCCUGCUAAAGCUAUUAUGCGCACUAACAGUACACUCCUCUUCAUCUUCUUAG